ACGUCUCCCGGGGCAACGCGAUUCUCCAGAUCCUGGAAGAGACGGAAGUGUGUGGAGUGAAGCUGCGCUAAGCCUCAGGUACCGCCAUGCACAAGCUGCAGCUGCCCGUGGACCUGAAGGAGGCUGCCCUGCGGGAGAGUAGAAGGGAGGCCGAGCUGCAGCGGCAGGAGCGGGUCUUCAACGCCAGAGUCAGGACCAUCGGGAUUGACAAGCAGGCGUUGGACGUUCAAAUUCAUGAUAAAAAAGUGUAUAAAGAAAUUGAAAAUGAAAGACAAGAAGCGUAUGAUGCAGAAAUCAUCCAGAACGACCAAAUCGCCUGUCUGCUGGACGAGCGUCAGAAGGAAGACGUCCGGAAGCUGAAUGAAGCCAUCGGCGAGUUCCGUCUGCACUUCCAGAAGAGAGAGGACCGCAGGGAGUUUGACUUGUAUGACCCACAGGGUUUGAAGAAGGACCUCCCUGCGCGAGUGUGCGACUCGGACCCUCGCUGCAGCGUCUCAGGCGUUCAGAUUCUGAUGGGGGAAGAUUUAAAGGAGAAGAACAGGAAAAAAGAGCAACAGGAACAGCUGCGGGAAUGGUCUCUGCAGCAGCAGCAAGAGUGGGCGAAGACGUUAGAGGAGCACAAGAUGACCGAAAGUCUCUACGACAAGAUGAGAAUCGAAUUCGACCAAAAGGCAUUGGAAUUGCAGAAAAUGGAGGAAAAUGCAAGAAAAGCUAUGUGCGUUUUCACAAAGGAUUUCAAUAAAGCCCAGGCCGAGGAGACCACGGAGAGAAAAAAGCUGGAGAGGAAAAAGGAGACUGAAGACAACUCCGCGGAAAUCUCCAACCUCUCGGAAGGAGACCUGCUGUCUGAGAACCCCGAUCAAGCGGCGAGUGCUUUUGGGCCUCACCGAGUGGCCCCUGAUCGCUGGAAAGGAAUGAGCCCCGAGCAGCUGGAAGAAAUCAAAGCCGUUCAGCAGCAGCAGAUACAGGAGAAGAUGAGGCUGAAGGAGGAAGAGAGACUGAGGGAGGCUGAGCUCGAUCGGCGGAGGGUCCAGGAGGCCAGGGCGAUGCUGCUCUUAGAAAGACAGCAAAAACGCCAGGAACGGGAGCUGCGCAAAGUGCAGGAUCACCUGAACACCCAGCUCGCGCAAGCACACAAAGCACAAAAGAUCUACAUGGAGAGAGAAGUGUUUUCUAAUACCCCGACAGCUGAUUAUUUUAAACAGUUCAACACUACAAGCCGGUGAAGGUCAGAGGUCACCUUAGUGAUUAUGAAAUCACAACAGUGGCUUUGAGUGAAGCUGAUGACAUCACACGUACUUUAACACUUACUUGAAUUGCACCCGAGCAACGAUCUAUAUUAUUUUAUCUGAAUAACUGUGAAUUUCCGUGUAUUAUGUUCCUGUUCCGCGGCAGAGGGUUGGCGGGGAGGAAUAAAUCUGCUUUUCCCGUAACUUAUUUCAACUUUAUGAACUUGGAACUGUGCGAGUAAAUUUAUUCCUUACUCAUCAUGUGUC